AUGAGCUGGCUCUUCAGCCCCCCGCGCAAAGGGCAACCAAGACUUCUGUCCGACGAAGUGGUGCCUGUGCACUUCUUCGACAACACCCAAGUAAACCGACAGCUUUUCGUGUGCUGGACGCUGCGUUUCGACGAUGUUCUCAAUGUCGACAAAGUCCAUGAUUCUCUUUCUCGGCUCCUCGAGAUCGGUGACUGGAGGAAACUGGGCGGCAGACUGCGCAUGAACGACGCCGGCCAACUCGAAAUCCACAUCCCUCGCCACUUCACCAAAGAUCGCCCAGCCGUCCGGUUUUCGCGCACCACCUUUGAAAUCUCGAUGUACGAGCACCCCGUGGCGUCGAAGCUCCCACGCCGAAUGAGGAAUCCAUCACUACAGCCUGGACCCGAGGAGUUCCGGACCUUGGCAUACCGCGAGGACAUGCCCAUGACACUGGAAAAUCACCUAUGCUCCGACGAGCCUCAGCUUCAGCUGCACACGGCGUCGUUUGUGGACGGCACCCUGGUCAGUUUAACGUGGCCGCACAUCAUGACAGACGCUAUGGGUCUGAUGGAAUUGGCCAAGGCUUGGUCACUGGUGAUGCAUGGCCGCGAGGCCGAGGUUCCGCCUUUCCUUGGUUUGAAAGAGGAUCCCCUCGCCACUGUUGGGAGGACUGCUCCUUGGCCCAAUAACAAAGAAUCACUUCCAUUGGUUGCUCGAUAUGAGUUGCUCGGCUGCUCGCUUCUGAGAGCGCUCGCGUGGUUCGUGCCAACUCAGCUGUGGUGGCCGGCUUACACUAGCAAGACCAUCUUCCUCCCGGCCUCCACAGUACGCAAAUUGCGAGAAUGCUGUAUGAAGCAGGUUGCGAUUGACAAAGAGGGGGGUACUAUGCCCUUCAUCAGCGAGAACGACGUCAUCACCGCAUGGCUCGCACGCACGGCCAGCGCGCAUCUAUCCACGACGGCCUACCCGAACAUCUUGAUCCAGAACGUGUAUGACAUACGUUCGCGCCUGUCGACCCUAUCUCAGCAAUCCAAGCUUGUUCAAAUCACUUCGACGAGCGGCCGACCGGGCGUGUUUGUUCAGAACCUCGUCGCGCCCACUGUGACGUUGCUCCCCACGACCCAAGUCCUCUACCGUCCACUUGGGCGUUUGGCACUGGAUUUCAGGAGUAGCAUAGCCGAGCAGGUUACUGAAGAGCAGACUGAGAAGCUGUUCUCCAUGCUGCGAGGCAGUUACGCGACCAGGGGUCGUGCGCCGAUCUUUGGCUCGCCUGAUGCGUUCUGGUUGCUUUUCACUAGUUGGGUAAAGUGUAAUGUGUGUGAGGAGGUUGACUUUGGGGCUGCUGGACAGGGGAAGAGGGGGAAACCUAGCUAUUUCCACAGCUUUCCGGUUGUACCGCCCUGGCUGGCACCCAAUGGAUUUCAGGUCGCCGGCAAGGAUGAUGAUGGUAAUUUUUGGGUCGUGGGGAAUCUGCAGGCUGGCCUUUGGAAGAAUUUCGAGGAAGAACUCGCAAUUCUAGGGAGUUCGUAG